AACAAUAACGAAACUGUCGUUAACUCCAAUAACGAGUUAAAGGCCCAUUUAUGCUGGCCGUAACCGCUAACUUAUGCCGGAAGCGGUAAAGUUCAACACUGGGAUUACAAUGCUUUCGUUCACAAUACAUUUCCGUAUACUGGUGACUGAAGCCGUAACUGUAAAGUUAACUCAACUUUAACUUCUAAGGAAUACGGCAAGCGAUCUUAAAAGAAAAUGCUAUGGAGAUUGGUUACAAAUACAAACUUGAUGUACACAAGUCUAUGGUUGUAAUCAAGAUAACCUCAUUUUUAUACUGGUUUGUGCAAAGUGCUGCGGUACGAAAAUAUGAGUGAAAUGGAUUCAAUGAAUAAUGACAUAAAAUUAAUAACUUUAGUGGAAAGAUUUACACAUUUAUAUGAUAAGACAAAUCCAAAAUAUAAAGAUCGAACAGUAAUAGACAAUUCGUGGUUAUUUAUAAGUGGAGAAUUACAAAAAUCAACAAAUGAAUGCUCGAUGGACGUCGUUACGUAACAGAUUUUCCAAAGAGAGAGCUAGAAAAAUACUUUCUGGAUCAGUUAUGCAAACGGCAUGGCCCUUAAUGAAAUAUCUAACAUUCUUACACUCUGUGGUGAAAAAACGACGAACAUUUGGGAACAUUGCGAUGGAAGACGAAUCAAAUUCCCCUUCAGAAGCACAGGAAUUUGAUGAUCUUUAUAAAGACAGUGCAAAAAGCCUGAUCGCAGAGGAUGACUCUAUGCAAUACGUUGACUACAUGUAUUUAGAUGAUGAGACAGGGAUUGUCACUGACACACCUAGCAGGGAGGCAUCUUUACAAUCUUUCUCAAAUAUUUUAAGCGACAAUACGAUAGCAUAUCUCAGACAAGAAACAAAAUCGAUGACACCUAUAUCGCAAGAGCCUGUGACAUCUACACCACAAAGAUUAUUAACACCGAACAGAUCUACACCAGACAGACCUAACAUAUCUAUACCACAAAGACCUGUAACACCAAACACAUCUACAGAAGAAAGACCUGUCACAUCACAAAUAUCAAUAUCACAAAGACCCAUAACACCAAACACAUCUACAGCAGAUAGACCCGUUACUCCAAAAACAUCUAUAUUACAAAAAUCCAUAACACCAAACGCAUCUGCAGCAAAAAAACUUAUUACAUCAAACACAUCUAUACCAAAGAGACUUACAAGUCAAAAUAAAAAAGAAUCUCCGGACACUAAAGAACAAUUAGGUAAUGCCGUAGAUGUUUUUAAAAGUUUCGUUACUCACCAGAAUACCGCAAGUGCAGAAGACGAAUCUUUAAAAUAUUUUUGUGACUCCUUGUACGGAGAUUUAAAAAGUGUCGAUAAAAGUGACUUAAUAUCUUGUAAAAUUGAUAUUAUGCAAAUAAUUUCAAGGUAUACAGAAUAA